AUGACCGAGCGCAAGGGCAUCUACUUUGGAACGAUUGACCCAAGCAAUGAUGAUGUGCAACCUGGAAGCUGCAUUGGUAAGGAAAACGGGAAUAUAUCAAGCAAUUUGGAAUCGGCAAUUCGUGCUGGUAACGUGAACGUGUCGGACAACGUGGAGACAGAGGUACUACAACUUUCUGAGAGCAGUCGCGCUGCCCAGGAGAAGCAUGCGCAGCUGUUACGCCGCAUCGAAGCAGAAAAGCGGGCACGUAAUAUUGCAGUUCCAACAAUCAUAGAAGAAGUUAUUCGGCGGCUGCGGCAGCUCGGCGAGCCCAUCACGUUGUUUGGAGAGCGUCCAGCAGACCGACGCGAGCGAUUGCGAGAAAUCUUGUCUCAUCUUGAAUUAGAAGCUGAGGAAACCGGCUUUGUGCAUCAAGUUCUGGCAGAUAUCCAAAAGCAGGAAGCAGGAGUAGGAACAGAGGUCUUGGAAGCACCAGGAACAGAAAAUAUUGCACGCAAAUCUACAAAGCGGCAGGAUGAUCAGUUAUUCUACGUGCCAAUAAAAAACGAGAAACUUAAGCAUGCACGUGCUACAAUAUUUGCUCAUACGGCAAAAACUGUGAGUGCAAGAUUAAUACAAGAGCGACAGGCAAAAUUCAUAAAUGUAGAUCAGCACGCAGCUAUGCUAUACGCUACAGCUCUGAAAAUGGCCAAUGUUGCUAGUCAGAAUGGUGAUGAACGGCCCUUGUCCAGUGUUCGAUAUUCAGUUGAUGGCGCACAUGUCGCUACGGGCUCGUGGAGUAGUCUUGUAAAGAUUUGGAGUGCAGAAAAUGCCUGCGAGGUCAAGGUAUUUCGAGGACACGAAGAUCGCAUCACAGGUUUAGCUUGGCAUCCUACCAAUAUCUUUACUGAAAUGACGGAUAGAGCAGAUGUCGUUUGCCUUUGCAGUGGGUCAGCUGAUGGCACUGCACGGCUCUGGAGUGCGGCUCGCAAUGAGCCUUUGGCUGUGUUAAAAGGUCACAAGGCGCGAUUAGGCAAAGUUGCGUUUCAUCCAUUAGGCAACUACAUUGGUACCACAAGUUUUGAUCACACAUGGCGACUUUGGGACAUUACAUCAGCGCAAGAGCUAUUACUGCAGGAAGGACACUAUAAGGAGGUAUAUGCCAUCGCGUUUCAGAAGGACGGUGCGCUUGUAGCAACCGGGGAUUUGAAUGGAAAUGGACGUGUUUGGGACCUACGUUCGGGCAAAGCCAUUUUACCAUUGCAGGGCCACUCUAAGCAGAUUUUGUCGAUGGACUUUGCUGCCAAUAGCGUGCAUCUUGCGUCAGGAAGUGACGAUCGUAGUAUUCGUAUUUGGGACUUGCGACAACAAAAGUGCUCGUACAUGCUCCCAGCACACAGUAAUUUAGUAAGCGACGUACGCUAUUCACCCGGGUCUAACGAGCUGUUGCUGAGUGCGUCAUACGAUUCAUCUAUCAAGAUCUGGAGAACUCGCGACUGGAAGCUGAUGUCAACUCUUCGCGGACAUGACGGGAAGGUUAUGUCUGCCGACUUUUCUCCAGACGAAAAGCAUAUAGUAUCCUGUGGCUUUGACCGCACAUUCAAGCUCUGGGCUCACGAAGAUGAGUUUUAA